AUGGCAAAAACGACACCGCCGCUUCUACAGAGGAAACAAUGUCAACCAACCCUAACAUCACUGCAUCUCCCGUUCCAUCUGGUGGAACAAGAAAUACUGUGUAAACUACCAGAGAUUCCAACUUCGCCAACAACCACCUCCGCUUGUCAGCCUCCCGCCAUGACCGCCAGCUCCGCACACAUUACUAUGUCCAUCUACUCUCUACGUGAGUCUCUUAAUAAAAGAAUAUCAUAUGCUAAUAGAGCUUCCACUUGUGACGGCAUCAUGUGUUUCAAGAUAGAUAAUUCUUCGGCUCUCUUGUGUAAUCCUUUUAUUCGAAAAUUCAAAAUUUUGCCUCCUUUAUCAUUUUCAGACCAAGGAUACUUUGAAACCUUAUAUACAUUAUAUACAUUAGUGUACGAUCGUUUCACCAAUAAAUAUAAGAUUAUUGCGGUUUAUACUAGAAAAAAAGAAGUCCAUGUUCAUACUUUGGGUACUGAUUAUUGGAGAAGGAUUCAGGACUAUCCAGGUCCUCACCUCAUUGGUAGGGCUAGAUCGGGAACGUUUGUGAAUGACUUUGUUAAUUGGUUGACACAUGAGUCUGAUAGUUGUGCACAAUACAUUGUUUCUCUUGAUUUGGAGAAAGAGUCGUAUCAAAAGCUUUCACUGCCCGUCUUUGACGUGCAUUUCACAACUUCUUGUGUUACUACCUUAGGGACAUUGAGGGGUUGUUUGUCUCUCUUCUGUUACAGGGACAUGUUUUGUGAUGUUUAG